AUGGCGUUGAGACUUAAGAAGGAUAUAAAAAAAGCGUCGUAUUACGUGUGGUUCCUCGGAGCGCAGGAAUCGCGCGGCCUCAGAGGAGAAGAAUUCGCUUUACCCGCUAUAAGGUUGCUGGAAGAGAGGGCGAGGAACUUAGAACCUUUUAAAGUUACCUUACAAGUAUCCCACAAAGGUUUGAAGAUAAUUCAGAAUGUGACAGCCAAAGGCAAGCAGCAAACUAUCAAGCAUUUCAUUCCCCACGGCAGUAUUACCAGCGCCGUCGCACAAGGGGACGUGGUCGCAUGUGUAUUGUUACUGUUCAACCCCAUCACUGGCUGUCCAGUUCACGUACACGCGUACAGAUGCGACUCCGACCACACAGCGGAGAUGCUGUACACUCAUCUCCUAGCGUUGAUCGAACGACCAGAAAACCAGAAAAAAUUUGCUGAUAUCGAACGCAAACUUCAAAUGCGAGGAGCUUUGCCAUUAAAGAAGCCUCCAGAUUCUUCGUUAGGGAGCGAAGUGUCCAGGGAAUCUGACUCGGGGAGCAAUGAGGACAGAAAUGUCGCCAAUCUAUAUGACAGCCUCGCUGCGGAACUGAAGCAAAAGUUGUCUACAGGUAAAAAGGGUAUAGGUAAAAGUCCAAUUCUGCUACCACCGCGGGACUAUGACACGGUUCACCGCCAGAAGGGCAACUUGAGCAACAUCGAUACUCGAAGAUGCCUAAAUCAGAAUAUAGUGGGUAUAAACGCUCGUCGUAAGCUCGAAUCUUCAGGAGGCAGUUCUGGAAUAGGCAGCGAUCUCGCGCCAUCGCCUGAAAGAAAUGAAUAUCCCCGACAUGACAAUCACAGUACAAGCGAGGAAGACUGGGCAGAAAGCACAGCGUACCUCAUGCACGAAGCGUUCGAUGCUUCACCGCCGCGACGCCCUCCUUCACCGCGGCGCGCCUCACCGCCACGCCGCACUCUCUCGCCCCGCAACUACGACAGAACACCCUACAAUGAUGACUACACUGAGCAGUACCGUGAUCAACUAGCUCCCUUCCGCGAUCAAACUACCUUCGAACGUCGAUUCCGUCACGAAUCCUUGGAACGUGUCAGCAAAGACAAGCCAGAGAAGUUUGAAGAUGAUACACCAAGCUACAGGCGAAGAUACGUUGCCGAAACAAAACCUCCGAACAAAAGCAUAGACAGGGUUGAGGAUCGACGAUUUGGCAAACUUCAAAGAGGAGCAAGCGAAGGCAGCUUAAAGACCACGGAUGUUUCUCCAAAAGAACGCUUCAACGUCGCCAAGGAAAAGUUUAUGAACCUAGAAAGGGAAAGGUUUAACAGAGAACUCGAAGCACAUAUGGCGAUGAGGAGGAGUAUGUUGGAAAGGAACAGUCGCUCAACUUCUUCCCCGGAGGAAGAAAGACGCGAUGAGCGACUCGAUCGUCACAGAGAAUUAAGCUCUCGAAGAGAAAACGACCGUUCUCAUCGGGAGCUAGAGCGCCCUCAUCGAGAACCGGAGAGACGCAAGGAAGACAGGAUACGCGAUUUGGGAGACUUAGGGCAGAGAGAAAUCGAGAGACUUCCUCGAGUUGGCCGAAAACGUGAUGAAGUUAAAAGAUACGAAUAUGGAAAUGAGGAGUAUUUGAACAGGAUCGAGCCAAAACAGGAAUACUUGAACAGAGUCGAGCCAAAACCACAUCGAGAAGAAUUUGAUCGCUUUAGAGAGAGAAGAGAAUUAGAUCGUCGUAUUGACGAAGAUGAAAUUAUUGAGCCAGUAAUAGAAGAUAGAAGGAGGGAUUGGAAUGAUAGGCAAAGGGCAUUUAGUCGUUCACGCUUAUUAGAUGAACAGCGCCAGUCUUACGCUGAAGGUGACAGAGAUAGGUUUUUCGAGAGGGACUACAGGGAAUACCGUGACCUCGCUGACCGGCAACCAGCAAACUAUCGACACAGCUACGCGGAGCCAAUACCGAGAGGUCGCCUAGGUACUGUGAGACCUUAUUAGAAAUGCCAUAAUAGAUUUGUAGAGAAAAAAAACUUAGUACUUGUUAAAAAACCAGGAUAAAAUGACGUUGAUUACAUUGUAAUCAAAAAAAUCAUGUAUCUUUACUAACAUUUUUUAUCAUAAAAUGUACCUAUUAGAUACCAUCGAUACUGUUAAAUUAUAUAUCAAAUAUUCAAUAUGUAAAUAGACCGUGAAUAUUAUAUACAAUUUUAUACUUCAUAAAAUAUUCUUGUUUAUAUAUCAAAAAAUAUAAUUGACGUGUUUAACUUACUAGUCUUGAGUGUUAUAAUCGAAUCGUAAUGGCGUACAAUAAAAUUUUUACCUUUUUUUAUAUAGAUAAUUUCUCUUUCAUUCGCACUAAUCGCGGAGUGCAAAAUAAGCACAAUCUGAUUUAUUUACUUAAAAUAUCAUUUGUUUUGUCAAUGUCAAUCAAUGUAUCGCUAUCAAACUUUAUAUUACAAUAAAAGGAAAAUAUUAAAAACCUGUAAGUAUUUGGGUGCUAUUUAAAAUAACCCUAAAGAUAAAACUAUAAUAUUCUAUGACAAUCAAAACGAACUAUAUCCGAAAAAGUAUAUACUUAUGAGAAUUGGUUCUCAAAGAAUAAUGUAAUAAAUACUCAUCAAAUGUCACAGAAAUAGCUUUGUAAAUAUAAAUUAUAAUAUUACUCAUAAUCAAUUAAAUAUAGAGUUUAUAUUUUAUACAUAAUUCAAAACAAAUGUUACGAUAAAACUAAUAGAGUUAGUUAUAUGAAUAAUAUAAUAAGGUCUGUUCUAUAAAGGUUUUGAUAUCGAAUAAAAGACAUUAUAAAAAUUGUUAGAUAUUAAAAAUGUAAAUGUUAAAACACGCAGUAUACAUAACGUAGGAAUUUUUAUUGAAAGUCAGUGACAACUGUAGGUCAUCUAAAUCCGUCCCACAACCUUUUGACAAUGUAUCUGUGAAAUGUUAAUAAAUGUUUAUUGAUUGUA